AUGCCGUCCCACAAGAACCAGACCUCCGCUCCCACCGGCAGUAUCUCGCACACCUCGCUCCCCGUGCACUCCAAGCCAAAGCGCGGGGACGAAAGCCCGGUUUCCAAGCACUCGGACCAGGACAUGGUGGAGAGCCCCGCCGACGAAGUCGUCGCUGAUUACGACGUGAAGCUCGGCAAAGACGAACAGGAAGCCAUUGACACCUCCAACAUCAUCAGCGAGCGCACUCGCCAUGCGAAGCCUAUCAACGGGAGUUAUAUCCUGUCGGAUGAGGAGGAAGACGAGGAUGAUGGGGAUGUGCUGUUACGCGAGGACGGAACUAUUGUGUCUGCGGGUGCGGGUGCGGAUGCGGAGACUGUUGGUUAG